AUGUUGUUGCUCAAGCUAACCAGGCAUUAUAGCGACGACGAGCUAGCAAACGUGUUACUAACAGCGAAAGCUGGUGGGGGUACUUACAGAAUAGCUGGCAAGCUUGAGCAAGAUCAGCUUAAAACCUGGGUGAGAGAUGGAAAGACAGCUGAUGAUGUUUUCAAGCUUCUUAAGCUUCAUGCCGACACAGGAGAUGAAAUCCUGAAAAACCCUCUUCUGAACUUAUGGUUUUCGUAUGUGGAAAAACUCAAGCAGGAUCCGAAUGAAUUGUUGUACAUGAAACUGAAGACACAAGUAGGCGAUGCUGGGUUUGUGAAGGCGCUUGUCGCGGCUAGACGUGAUCUUAGCGCGCAGGGUCUAUUUGAUACAUUGCGAAAAGCUCAAUUGAACAAUUGGGUCAGGGCUGGCAGUUCCGUGGAUGAUAUCUACAACCUUCUUAAACUAAACAAGGAAGGCGACAAGAUCUUUGAAAGUCCAAUGUUUGGCACGUGGACUUCCUACGCAAUGAAACUAGACAAGGCCAAUGCAGAUGAGUUGCUGUUCUCGGUGAUGAAGAAACACUACUCUGCCGAAAGUCUGGAGAAUAUGAUUAUCCAAGCAAAGGAUAGGGUGACUAUGAAGAACAUAGCUUCAAAAUUGGAGGAAGAACUGUGGCGAAAUCAAGGAAAAACAGCAGACGACGUGUUUGACAUUCUCAAGCUUGAAAAGAAAGUUGAUGGUAUUUUUGAGGAUCCAGCGCUAACUACUUGGAUCUCGUACGUCAACAAGCUGAACAAGCACAAGGAAACUCCGGAAAAGUUUGCAGUUAUCUCGGAAUUGGAGGAGCACUUUCAACGCAUGGAUUUGGCGCGAAUGCUGUACGAUGCAAAACGUGAAGCUAAGACCCGAGAUGUGAAGCAAUUGGUCUCCGACUUGCAAGACGAACAAUUCGAGAAAUGGAUGGCUGAAGAUUUGAAUCCUAUAAUUAUCGAUGUUUUAGUAGAAAGCACUGAUCGGAACCACCCGAGUAACUUGGGCGUCACUCUCGAUUACCACAACUUCGUCAGCGCUAGAACUAAGUCAGAGUAG